CGGCAAAGGUCACCGGAAAGUGAAAGGACACAGGCUCUGAAAGACGGCGAUCCAGAUUUCCGCCAGGGUCGCGGUUUCAGCUUAAUCAGGAGAGGAAUUUGAUUUUACCGUGUUGCAAAAACCUAUUCAAGGUAUGGAGAAAGUGGUUGCUACAGUCAGUGGAUACCAGGGCACCGAGCGAUUCAAUCUCAUCAAAUUGAUUGCCAAGGCCGGUGGAAACUAUGUCGGGGCAAUGAGUGUUUCCAUUACACACCUGGUAUGCUGGAGAUUUGAAGGAAGGAAAUUUGAACUUGCUAAGAAGUCAAGAAAUACAUUCAUUGUUAACCAUAGGUGGAUUGAGGACUGUAUUAAGAAAGGAAGACGUGUUCCAGAGCAUCCUUAUACAGUACAAUGUGGGCAAGAAGUAGGGCCACUGCUGAUGAACAUCACACAAGUUGGUGAAGGUAAUCAAUCCAGUGGGUGUAAUCAUAAAGAACCACAGAUUGACACUGAGGUUGAGGAAUAUUUUCCUGAUCCUGAUAUAGCCAAGCCUAAAUCAAGGAAGAAAAUGAAAAAUAGAAGUCUUAAGUGUGACCGUAACUUAAGCAGUAGAUUUGAUCAUUAUGAUUCUUCUAUGUCAGGCUCAUGGAGGAUGGAGACAGAGGAACUGAGUCCUGAGCCUGCAGUAUUUCUUAAACCAAAGAAGGGAAGCAUGGGCUUGCCAGAAACUUCUCUUAAACGUCGUAGACUGGUGAAGAAGAAUAUUAGUGAUGUAUUGGAGAUUUCAGAUUCAGAAGAACUGAGCCCGCAAAUUCGGACUCUGCCAGAACAUGAAAGUGCCAUGCAGUCUAAUAGUGCAAAUAUUGGGAGGCAUGAUCACACAUCAAAUAACAGUCAAACAACUAGAAUUAGCUGCCCUGAGGAUCACACAAAUGGGAUUGAAGUUCCAGGUGAUACUGAAGAAGUGCUAAAUGUGACCAUUGGGGAAACUUUAGAGAAUGAAGGUGCAUUGGCUUCCCCAUUUAAAUCUCCACUGGAGCAGAGACGGAUUGUUGAUGUAGAUCAGAAAGAAGAUGAAAAUUGUGUGAAACUGCCCACAUCACCAGCACUCUCCUGUGUCAUAUGCUGGACAGAUUUCAGCUCAUCCCGGGGGUUGCUGCCUUGUGGCCACCGUUUUUGUUUCUCAUGCAUCCAAAGCUGGGCAGAUCAAAUGGUAUCACGUGGAAAAACUUCAACAUGCCCCCUGUGCAAGGUUGGUUUUACUAGUAUUACCAAGGUUGCUGACGCUGAACCCUCUGAUCAGAAAAUAUAUUCACAAACCAUUCCACAAGACCGUCCAGGAACAGACAUUUAUCUUCUCCCUGAUGGAGAAACAUCGCAUUUUCCAGCUAAUCCAGCAAUGCCUCCAGUCUGCUGUCAAUGUUCUUCCCGAGAACCCGAGGAACUUCUCAUCAACUGUCACGUUUGCCAGACUCGCUGUAUACAUGCAUAUUGCCUGGAUCCUCCACUGCAUCCAUGGACGUGCAUCCACUGCCAGGAUUACCAGAGACGUUUUGAAACUUACCGUCGCAUUUGGUAAUAUAUAAACCAUUUAUUUACCAUUUGGAAAUUCUUGUUUAUUUAUUCUGUAUGUGAAAGGAAUCGAUUGCCAUACAGAGUAGUAUUACAUGAAGGGGUAGGGAAAACUAAUUUUACUUCUA